GAACUCAGGGUGUCAGAUACCAGGAAGAUGUUUAGAGUUAGCUGCCCCUGCGACAGCGAAAAAAUGAAAACACAGAGAUCAAGACACUUCCCAUGCCUCUGUUUUAGCCACAUCUCUUCACUUGCUCUCUCCUGAAGCUGAACAUUUGGACCAGACCAGACUCGAUGGACAAGAAAGUGGUUCUGAUCACAGGCUGCUCCUCAGGGAUUGGCCUCAGCCUGGCUGUCCGGCUGGCCUCAGACCCCAACAGAGAAUAUAAAGGUAACAAGAGCUGAUUUCUAUUAAACAGGGUCUGAAACUGUGUUCUUCUGAAGCCUACACUAGGUCAGGAACAGUCAUGAUGGAGUCUCUGUAAUGUGUUGUAAUGCAUUGUAUGUAUACUGGACUACAUAAACUUGGCUUGAGACUGAAACGACAUGUACAUGUGACCUGUAAAAUCUUCACUGUGUUGGUUUUUGUUAAGUGUAUGCCACAAUGAGAAACCUGGCCAAAAAGGAGCGACUUUUAGAGUGUGUCAAAGGUCUACACAAGGACACCUUAGAAAUACUUCAAAUGGACGUGACUGACCAGCAGUCCAUUCUCAAUGCGAAGGAAAUGGUUGUGGAGGAACAAGUGGACAUUCUUGGUAUGCUCUUGUAUCUAUGUUUUCUAAUUUACAGCGUAGGUUGGAGGAUCUGUGUUAAAGGGCUUAUCCUCUCUACUCACAGUGUGCAAUGCCGGUGUGGGUUUAAUGGGGCCGCUGGAGGUGCAAUCCUUGGACUCUAUGAGGCAGAUUCUUGAUGUCAACCUCCUUGGCACGAUCCAAACCAUACAGGCUUUCCUCCCGGGCAUGAAGGCACAGGGCCAGGGCCGGAUUCUGGUCACCGGCAGCACUGGAGGUCUUCAUGGUGAGGAAUCAGUGAUUAUCAACAUGUGCAGUUCCACAUGUGCAGUUUUUGUAAUGAUUUCAUACAAGCUCCAAAAACAAAUCAUUUUGAAGCUGGCUGCCAUGCAUGAAAUUGCCAAAAUACCCACUCUUUGUACUUCUUACUCUCUUUUACAGGACUGCCUUUUAAUGAGUUGUACUGUGCCAGUAAAUUUGCAAUAGAGGGAGCAUGUGAGAGUAUGGCAGUUCUUCUCCAGCACUUCAAUAUCCAGUGAGUGAGAUUCCUACUUGCACCAAUACCUUUGAUUUAGAGGCUGAAAAUAUGUACACAACUGUAAAUAUUGAUGCUUUGUCCUGCAGUGUAAGUCUUAUUGAGUGUGGACCAGUCAACACCGACUUCCUGGUCAACCUGCAGAAGUCGGAGCUUGGGGAUAUGUCCCUCCAGCAGGCUGAUACUCGCACACUCAGCCUCUAUGAAAAGUACCUGCAGCACUGUGGCUUUGUUUUCCAAAAUGCAGCACAGGACACAGAAGACAUUGUAAAGGUAAAUCACCCGCUGUGUAGAACUGAUUCUUGUAUUUAAAGGCUAAUGGCACUGCUUAUACGUUUUUAAGCAACUCAACCGUAGCUCUAUAUCAUUGGCUUACUUCUCUCACUAUUUUAUUUUCAACUUUCAACACACUGAUGCUGAAAUACAGCUGCUUUUCAAAAUCUUGUUUGUACUCUAUAAUUUCUACAAUUUCUGUUCCUUAGUGCAGAUGCUGAAUCUAACCUCUGUGGUGUUUUUUUUAUUUUUUAUGUUUGUCUCAAAGGUAUUUCUAGAUGCCAUCCAGUCAUCCAACCCUUCAUUCAGGUACUUCACCUGUGGUGACAUCCCACCUCUCAUCAAACUGAAGAUCACAGAACCAGACGGCUCGGCAUACAUCAGUGCAAUGAGCAAAAUCAUCUUCUCAGAUGCAGACCAAUAAUUUUGUACAUUCUUCAUUCCAACAGAGACACUACAUCCUGUUCAGUCCUGCUCCUUAUUUCCUCUUUAUUUGCAGAGAUUAGUAGUUAGGUCUUUGUUUGUUUUGAUUUAUGUAAUAAAGAUGACUCACUUGAA